CAAGCGCUCCACUUUUCCCACACGCGCCGAUUUGCGGGAUUUUACGUGUUUCGUGGGAAAUCGACAUAACAUUGUUCAAGUGAGCGUGUUCUCUGUGUGAGGCUUUCUCCAAAGGACAUGAGGGUUAGAUCCCUCCAGGAGCUGGACAUCUAUGGUUCCUCUCUCCUCUCAUCCCACGGCAAAGGGACUCGUUCCUGUUCCUGAUCCCCAGACCUCCCCCUCCCCGAGUCUUUCCCUAAUUCAUGACCCAGCAGGAUGCAUCAUCAUCUGUGCGAGCUCUCUCUGAGCGUCUCCUCAUAGCCUCGCACAAGGGCCAAGCGGAGCAUGUGGUUCAGCUCAUCAACAAAGGGGCCAAGGUAGCCGUUACCAAGAAUGGCAGAACACCUCUGCAUUUGGCUGCCUAUAAAGGCCACAUUGCUGUUGUGAGGAUUCUGCUCGCUGCUGGAUGUGACCUGGAUAUUCAAGAUGAUGGUGACCAGACAGCCGUGCACAGAGCCGCUGUGGUGGGGAACACGGACGUCAUCUCCGCGCUCGUUCAGGAAGGAUGUGCACUUGAUAGACAGGACAAGGAUGGGAACACUGCUCUACACGAGGCUGCGUGGCACGGCUUCAGUCAGUCUGUCAAACUGCUGGUGAAGGCUGGAGCCAACGUUCACGCUAAGAACAAGGCAGGGAACACGGCUCUUCACCUGGCGUGUCAGAACGGUCACGCUCAGAGCGCGAAGGUCCUGCUGCUGGGCGGCUCUCGGCCCGACAGCAAGAACAGCGUAGGGGACACGUGUCUGCAUGUGUCUGCCCGGUAUAACCAUGUGACCGUGAUCCGAGCGCUCCUGGGUGCCGUCUGCUCGGUUACUGAACGAAACCACGCAGGGGACUCCGCUUUACACAUCGCAGCUGCGCUGAACCACAGGAAGACUGUGCGCAUGUUACUGGAGGCCGGGGCCGACAGCCGCGUCAAGAACAAUACAGGAGAGACGGCCCUCGAUCAGGCUCGUGAAAAUAAUAAUCCUGAAGUGGCACUGCUGCUCACCAAAGCCCCGCAGAGCUUCACUCGAGGACGCACUGUGAGGAAGAGGAGGGACAAGAUGAAGACCGAGGGUCGAGCACAGUCGGUCCCUCGCGAGGAGAUGCUGCCGAGAAAGGUAGAGGAGCGAGACUGCUCUCAGACACCAGCCAAACACAAAGGACGAGUUCAAACAUGCUGUCACUGAAUGUUACGCAACCAUUGAUGAAUGACAGAACCUUUAAUAACUCAACAUUCAUACUCCCCCGGUUAUCAGACAUGUGCAUAACAUUUCAAUCAUU